GUUUUUGAUUAAUGUUAGGUGAUAUUAUGUGGUUAUAGAUUUGCAAGAAAAUCCGGCAUAUAUGCUUCAAGAUGUGGAAAGUAGAAGACAAUCGUUUAUUUGUCUUUGCCAAUGUCUGCGAAAAAGUGGCCAAGGAAAGCAGUUAUUUGAAUAAAGCUAAAAUUCUAAAAGACUUCUUUGAGCAUGGUAGCAAUCAUAUAGGUUUCAACGGUGAUUUACUGGUGUGGAUGAGGAUGUUAAUACCAUCCGACUCUCAGCGAGUGUAUAACUUACAAAACAAGCAAAUGCUCAAGUUGUUUUCGCGUCUUUUUAACAUCGAUCCCCAAAUAAUGCAACACGAUUUGGAGCAAAAUGGCGAUAUUUCAGAGAUCUUAAGUAAAUACUUCACAUUAUCUGCUAAACUCGUGCCUCAGUCUAUAAGCAGCUUGUAUUUACAGGAAGUGGACGAGCUGCUGGAAGAACUUACUAAACUUACAAAAGAGGAUGAGCAAACUGAACUUCUAAAGCAGUUGUGUAAUCAAAGUACAAGUGCAGACUUAAAAACAGUUAUACGUAUUAUUAAGCAGGAUCUUAGAAUGAACGCGAAAGCAAGUCAUGUUUUAGCUGCUUUUGGACCUACGGCUUAUCCAACAUAUCAGGUUACGCGUAAUUUGCAAUCUGUGGUUGAACAAGUUAGCCUAACGGUCCCGACAACAAACAGAAAAACAGAGGCUAAACUAAUGAGUUCAAAAGAAAGAAAAGUAAAUUCCUCGAAAAUGUUCAAAAAAGUAGUAUAUACAAAUAAAUUUACGUACAUUCGCUUUGGGCAGGUGAAAGUAAUGGUUCCCAUUUCUCCCAUGCUAGCAAAUGCUUGCAAUUCAGUAGAAGACGCUUUUAAGAAAUGUCCUAAUGGGCUUUUUAGUGAGAUCAAGUAUGAUGGUGAACGUGUUCAAAUACAUAGACAAGGCAAUGACGAAUUCCGUUUCUUUAGUCGUAACUUAAAGCCGGUUAUGGAGCACAAGGUAAAGCGCUUUAAAGAGUUUAUACCUCAAGCCUUUCCUUGUUCUGGCGAUAUGAUUUUGGACUCAGAAAUUAUAUUGGUUGACACAGUUACAAAUGAACUAUUGCCAUUCGGUACGCUGGGUGCUCAUAAAAAGAAGAAAUUUCAAAAUGCCGUCGUAUGCUUGUUUGUUUUUGAUUGCAUGCUUUUUAAAGGAGAGGAUUUAACGAACUUAUCUUUCCAAGACCGUCGUAAAAUAUUGGAAGACAAUAUCAAACCUCUUAAAUCAUAUGUGCAAUUAUCUGAAAUUCACUUCUUGAAAAAUAAACACGAGUUGGCUUUAAUGGUUGCGAAAGUGUUAAAAGCUCAUCUGGAGGGAGUCGUUCUUAAAGAUCCUUGUGGCACUUAUCAACCGGGUAAGCGAGGUUGGAUUAAGGUAAAGAAAGAUUACUUGUACCAAGGCAAAAUGGCUGACAGUGCGGAUUUAGUGGUGCUGGGCGCUUCAUAUGGCUCUGGUAAAAAAGGAGGGCUUCUUAGCAUUUUUCUGAUGGGCUGUUACGAUAGCCGUGAUUUUUUGUGGAAGACGGUAACAAAGGUACACACUGGAUUGGACGACAACGCCCGUUUAGAUAUGCAUGAUGAGCUAUUAAAGCUGAUGGAACGAUCCAAUCCAUACCGAGUACCUACAUGGCUUUUGUGUAGUAAAUCUUUACUACCUGAUUUUGUAGCUAAGGAUCCGCUUCAAAUGCCUGUAUGGGAAAUAACAGGAGCAGAGUUUACGAAAUCGGGAGAAAAUACUACUGCUGGAAUAUCUAUUCGUUUUCCACGCAUAACCCGUCUAAGAGAUGAUAAAACUGCCAAAGAAGCGACUGAUUUAAAACAUUUAGAAGAGCUAUACGAGGCAUCUAAAAAUAAUGUUAAUGUAGAUUUACUGCUAAAACAUUGUGAUCAACCCACAAAUGACAUCGUCAUAAAUGAAAAGUUAAGCAUACCAUCAAGCAAUAUUGACAAUACUCGCGGUGAAAUAUCGGAAAGAGAUUGUAAAGAAGAUUCUAAAGAUUUUUUAAGGCCAAAAUGUCUAAAAACGAAAACAGGUGUGAAACGACAAACGGCGAUAGAUGUUUUCACAAAAACUUCGCCUAAGAGAUCAGAACUAAAUGAAAGCAAUCUAGAGGGUUGCGUUGAUAAAAAUCGAAAACGUAAGAUAACAAGCGAAGAACAGAAACAAUCGAAGGUUGAAGUGAAAGAAUACAAAUUAGACAGCGAUUUAUUUAAAGGUCUAGUUGCCUACUUUUCGGAUGAAUUGAAAUCCGAAGAUGUUAUUGUAAAUUUCAAAGGUAAUGGCGGCUCCGUUACUUUUGACACGAAAGUAGCUAACGUGGCUUUUCAUGAAACUUCCACGGCUUCAAUAAAGUUAAAAGAUAGUCGGUUAAAAUUUCACCCGUUUUGUCGACAUUUAAAUAUUAAAUGGUUAGAAGAUUCCUUAGAACGAAAAUCUUUGCAAAUGUAUCCCUUUUAUGCAGUUUUUAUAAGAUGAGUAUUUUGCAUCGAA